CGAAAUCUUACAUCGGCCUUUCUUUCUUUUGCUUCACCAUUCUUAUUUUUGCGAAUCUGACCUUCACCAUACUCCUGGUACAAUAUACCCGAUUGCGCCUGGACUCGCAGUCUGGACGCUAGAAAUGCCCCUCGAACGGCAAUUGCAAUACUAUUGUUGAGAGGCAGAGUGUAUAUAGCUCUUAGUAUACAUUGAUAUACUCAAUACUCGCUAUUUCAUUACAUGCUACACUUCUCAACUUGCUGUUGUGACGGUGUUAUCUUGUUAAAGCCCUCUCUGAGCCUUAGCAUUUCAGCAUGCGAAGGAGACACAUACUUUUAGCCUGGUACGCAAAUCUAUGGUCUCGAACCGUUGACCUCGUAGGAGAUUAUGCGGGCGAUGAACUCUUCAUAAUCGAAGGCGACUCGCUUCUCCUUCACGUAUUUUCGGACAAGCAGCUAGACUUCAACCCCGGGUUCCAGCUGCUCCACGCAACCUACAUCCUAGAAAAGUUCCUUCAGGGAUUACACCAGCGAAAGUGUAACUUUCACCUUGUCUUUUUUAAGGAGCAUGCUCAGCUUUGUGUGCCUCCGAAUGCUACCCGAGAUGUCUACUGCAAGUGUCUUCUAGCUCGGGAAGCUAUAGUGCAGCAUUUGCAAGGUAAUCUUAGCACAGCCGUUCCUUCUAUCAAGGUCAAGCUGUUCGAUUCAUAUUGGUCCACUGACUUCUUGAAUUACUUGACUACUUCGGCGACUUAUUUCAUCAUGUGCCAUGACGGUGCCUUUUCUAAGAUGGUGCCUGGGCAUGGUUCUAGUUCCGGCUCUGUUGACGAUAAUCAAGAUGACGACAACGAUGGCGAUGAUGUCGUGGAGGAACUCGAUGACGAAACGGGCAUCCUUUCCCUAGUUGAAUCUCCAGACGCAGAUGGUUCGGAAGAAAUAGACGAUGAGGAUGCCUCGGACAAAAGUUCGAUUCAAGGGCCCAUACAUGCUCUCGGAUUUCGAUAUAUGAUAAAUUGGUUUGUUGGUCGGGGUUAUAAUAUAGCUCUGGUCAAUGGUAUAGAAUGUCGGGAUACGAAGGUUAUGGCAAUGAUUAUCGAAGGAAAUUCUCUGGUAGCCAAGAAAAUAUCUCGGAGGCUCGCUGGUGAGACGCUUCAUUCUGACAGCCGCUUCGAGGAUGCAGAUAGCGACUCCGAUUUGGAGCCUAACUCCGCCAGAGAGAUCCCUUUUCUACAACUUACUCGCUCAAGUCCAGCCGAAAUCUUCGAACAAUUAGGUAGCUCUGAAAACAGAGAAAUUAUCCAAAAGCUUUUGGAUAGUGUGGACCGCUAUCAAGGUGCGGGUCUAAGCCAAAGAGAACUAGUGCUCAUUGUGACUCUGAGUUUGAUGUUCAAAUCCGGCCUCCUGAGUGCUGGAGAGACGAAAGCUUCAUGUGCUUUGAUCUUGCAUGCAGCUCUGAUGCAUGAGUGCCGUCUCACUGAUCGUGUAGUCAAACCUGCAGACAUAGUCACAGGAAGUCACUAUUUUGAGAGCUUCGUUGGUGCUGCACACAUGGUCCUCACGUCCAAUUCGUGGAGAAAAGUUGUUACAGAUAACUUUAUACGCUGUGACCUUGCAGACUUGAUCGAUGGCCGGCUCUUCUUCCAUUCCUUAGGUAGACAUGCUACCCGUGCUAGUUUUGAGCCUUCGGUCAUUUCAAAAUUUGACACUCUCGCAUCCUGUCUGGAGCGCCUCUGCGGUGUUUGCUUACAGCUCGAACCAUUAGCUCUAGGGGAUCAAGCGACAAAACAGGAACUCGAAAAGGGCAAAACUGUUCCCACAGACAAGAGCACCAAACCGGUUCUCCCCUUCAGCCACCCUGUCUUUAAUACCCAUCUCGCUCCUGUUCAUCUAUUACUUGAUAAAUCAGAAGACCCGAAUAUGAAGAAGGAGACCUUUAGGGUGUUCAAAGAGCUCAGCCACUGGCAUAAUCACCAUCAUGCAGUUGGUGGCAAGAGUAACGCCAUGAAAAUGACAGAGAAGCAGGCUUUUUUUGCAAAACGACGUAACCAGUUCUUCAUGGCUGAGAUGAGGGAUUAUGCAGCCAGCUUAACCAACGCCACAGGCGGAUUGCUUGAGCCGGAGACGGUAUUUGUGCGCUCCGGGAAGGAUACGAAGCCAAAGCCAUCAAGUUCAUCGAAGGCUAUAGAGCAUCCGCCUCCUAAAUUUAAGGAGAAAAAAGGCUCCACGAAAUCUAGCGCUAAAAAUAAACCUUCUGUAAAGGAUGUUGCUGCAGCCGCAAAUGAGAAAAAGCGCAGCGAAAUGGUUGAAAAGCAAAUUCAAAUAUGGAUAGCCAUGAAGGCCAUAUUCGACAAAGAGACUCAACCCGCAACACGCUUUCUUAAGGCGAAGCAGUAUCUUGCUACUCGUCCAAGUCACAAGCGGGCAAUCAUCCAAGCUGAAGUUUCGAUCUACCUGCUUAGCAUCUUGGUCGAGUUAUGGAUAGCCAAAUGUGUCGCUGGUGAACGGCGUCGUUUCCUCCAUAUCGCGGCCUUUAUUUGGGAUAUGGUUUGUAGCAUGGCGAAAAUGAAGGAAGCUAUCACAUUAGAGAUUGCCUCAUACCUUACCAACACCAUUAAGGCCCUUGGACUACCAGCAGAGCUUGACAUUCAUCCAGGGCGAAAAUUAUCAAAAUCAUCUGUCAGUUCUCCGGUCUUUCCUUCGGGAAAAGUGGGAAGCUUGGAUAUUGGGCUGUCGCCUACCGAGUUUCAACUGCUCCAUGCUGCUCCAUUUUUGGAUAGGAAUAUGGGCUCGGCACCCGAUCCUCGUGUCCGCGACUUCGAGCCAGAUGAGUGGCAACGUAAAGUAUUAGAUGAGAUUGACGCGAAGAAGAGCUUAUUUGUGGUUGCACCCACCUCCGCAGGAAAGACCUUUAUCUCAUUUUAUGCUAUGAAAAAGGUCCUCGAAGAUGAUGACGACGGCGUUUUGGUAUACGUUGCUCCAACCAAAGCACUUGUCAACCAAAUUGCUGCAGAAAUUCAGGCUCGAUUCUCCAAAUCGUUCAAACACGGUGGGAAGUCUGUAUGGGGCAUACACACACGCGACUACCGCAUAAAUAACCCUACAGGUUGCCAGGUUCUGGUCACAGUCCCGCAUAUCCUGCAAAUAAUGCUCCUCUCACCGGCGAAUGCGACCUCAUGGUCGUCGCGAGUGAAGAGAAUCAUUUUUGAUGAAGUACACUGUAUUGGUCAAGUUGACGAUGGUGUUGUAUGGGAACAGCUCCUUCUUCUUGCCCCUUGUCCCAUUAUAGCGCUUUCAGCCACAAUUGGAAACCCACAAAAGUUUUGUAAAUGGCUCCAAAUGACCCAAAAGGCGAACGGCAUCGAUCUCACAAUGAUCGAGCACAGCCACCGUUACUCUGAUCUUCGAAAAUAUGUGUACAAACCACCCAAGAGGUUUCUUUUUAAUGGCCUUCCAGCCUCUGUUCCAUUUGCCCCCCCUGGCCUUGACAAUGCGGCUGGGAUGGCGUUUAUGCACCCAGUAGCAUCUCUGGUAGUGGAUCGUUUGAGAGGAAUGCCGGACGACCUAACUCUUGAAGCUCGCGAUUGCUGGAUGUUAUGGAGGGCUAUGAUGAAAUAUCAAAGUCAAGAUUUUCCAGUUGAAAAAUAUCUUGACCCCGCGGUCGCUCUGCCUAACGUUAUUCGCAAGGUCGACAUUGUCCACUGGGAAGCAAAACUAAAGGCCCUGCUGAAGACUUGGAUUGAGGAUCCAAAAUCGCCAUUUGAAAUGGUUCUAGGGGAUCUAGAACAUUCCGUGCGUGCUGCAAGCCGGCCGGAGGUUCAAAUCUCGUCUGGAAAGAUCACGACAUCAGAAAAUCCAAGAAAGGUUAUUGCGCGCCACUACUUGAACACGACUCUCCCUUUGGCGUGCUCGCUGCAUGAGCAAGGAGGUCUUCCAGCACUCUUUUUUAAUUAUGAUCGAAGUGGUUGUGAGGACAUGUGCCGCCAUCUCCUCGAGCAGCUCGAAAAUGCUGAGAAACAAUGGAAAGACUCGAGUUCUGCCUGGAAAGAUAAACUUGCUGGUUGGGAGGCUUGGAAAAGUUCUGAGGAGAAGUUAGCUAAGAAAAACCCAGCAGAAGCGAAAAAGAAAGGUAAAAGAAAAGAUGAGGGCGAUGGCAUAUCACAAGAGGAUCGUAUGCGAGAAACACUGAGCCCUGAGACCAGCUCUUAUGAGCUAUUCGACCCUACAGCUCCAGUGGAUGGAUUCCAUUUUGCGGAUCUUAAGAAGCUCACACCCUCAGAAUUUGAUGAGUAUGCUUUCAGAUUGAGAGGACGAUCUGAUGAGUGGCUAAUCAAAGCUUUACGCCGUGGUAUUGGUGUUCAUCACGCGGGUAUGAACCGUAAAUAUCGUCAGGUUUGUGAGAUGCUUUUCCGUAAGGGAUACCUGCGCGUGGUGAUAGCCACUGGAACUCUCGCUCUCGGUAUCAACAUGCCAUGCAAAACUGUUGUUUUUUCAGGUGACUCUGUUUUUCUCACUGCGCUUAACUUCCGUCAGGCUGCCGGUCGUGCCGGUCGUCGCGGCUUUGACAUGCUCGGAAAUGUUGUCUUCCAAGGCCUACCCUACUCAAAGGUCUGUCACUUGCUCAGCUCUAAACUUCCAGAUCUUAAUGGGCAUUUCCCGAUCACAACAAGCCUGGUUCUUCGCCUUUUUGCGUUGUUACAUGAAUCAAAGCUAGCACCUAAUGCAGUGAAGAUGAUCAACUCAGUUUUGUCAUCUGCACGCAUCUAUCUCGGCGGAGGAGAGGCAAAACAUUCUGUUUUGCACCACUUGCGAUUCUCUAUUGAAUACCUACGUCGUAGCCACCUUCUUGGCCCCACUGGUGUCCCUCUAAACUUUGCAGGCUGUGUGUCCCAUCUCUAUUUCGUCGAGAAUGCUAGCUUUGCUUUCCAUGCAUUGUUGAAAGGAGGCUAUUUCCAUCGCUUAUGCGAAGAUGUUAAUCGCAGGCCCAAAGUAAUUCUCCUUAAUAUGAUGCUCGUUAUGUCACAUCUUUUUGGGCGUCGAUGGAUUCGGCCAUCAAUCUUGGAAAAUCUCAAGAUGGCAUCCAAAAAGUCUACAUCGCUGGUUGUCCUUCCCCAUUUACCACCAGAGGCAGCCAAGAUUCUGAAGCAAAGCAACCAAGAGACUCUCUCAAUCUAUAGCUCGUAUGUCAAAACCUUUGUUGAUCAGCACAUUUCAGAGACAGAUUGCAAUCUUCCUCUCACUGGGAUGAAAUGCGGGGGGGACCGGUCCCUUGAAUCGCUAAAGACUCCUUUUUCACGGCCUGUCCGUUAUAUUUCCGCGUUUUACGCUUUAUCCGGGCAUGAAGAUAACUGGGAAACCAUUGCUGAUCUUUGCACAACGGUACGUAAUGGUGUUUGGUUGGAGAAGACUGUUGUCCCUUAUGUGGGAGUGUUUCCCGACGAAGAAGGCCAGUUGCCACUGAAUGCGUAUCUGUACGAUUUCUACAAGCAUGGGAAUGAUCAGGCCCUCGAGAAAUACAACGGCAUUCGCAAGGGCGAUAUAUGGUUUGUGCUUAACGACUUCUCCCUGGUCCUUGCUACCAUUGUGACUAGCUUUGAGAACCUCCUCAAGCUCUCACCAGUGGUGGACGCCGAUAUGCUGGAUGUCAUGGGCACCGGUGAUGCAAAUGAAGAAGAAUUGGAUGUCGAAACUAUUCAGAAUGAAGCCAGCAACGUACCAACGGGAAAGCCAAACCCUACGGAUCUUCCGACAGGACAAGCGCCAUCAACAACUAGUGCUUCAUCAGCUAUUGUCGCCGUGCCUCGUAGAAAGGCGGUUGCUGACAGUUGGGAGGACGAAGCGGAAGGAAACGAAGAAGAGGAAGAGACUUCUAAGUUAGUGGAAUCAAAAUCCAAGAAGAAAGAGAAUGACCUAGAAGAUUGGAGACGAGCUCGGGAUGAAGUUUCCAUGUCUGCAAUUGGUGGGAAAGACGAGAGAAUUCUCAAUGUGCUAAAGAGCUUCAAGUUAUUGCAGACGGAAUUCAACCAAAAGUUCAAAGAAAUGUGGGCAUGA